CCGAUGCGCGCACAUGUUGUGUUUUUGAUGUUUCCUCAUUAACCGGUUAUUCUUGAAAGCAAAUUAUGAAAAAAAUGAACAAGUUUGUUGGAUUUAGUGAUUUAUGUGUCCCUAACAGAGAGUCGAUAAAAGAACUAAAAGAUAUUUUAUUAGAACUUAUUGAUCUGGGGUACAAAAAUGUUGCUAUUGAACAAGUAUACGACCAUAUUAAUGCUGGCGGUGAUAGAAAAAGCGAUUUAAUUCCGAAGCCCGUAGACCUCAGCUCGUUAAAUAAAGAUCUCAAUGGACGGUUACGGUUACUCAAUCGACUGACUAUCAUCUAUGCCGAUGCUAGUGUUAUGGUGGCCUUGAGCCGGUCAGCAAAUUUGCGAGGAUACAACCUUGUAGCAGCUAUUCCCACAACUGAGGAAGCUUUCCAGCAUGCAUGUCAAACACUAAACUGCGAUAUUCUAUCGUACAACUCCACAACUGUGCGAAACAAAAUGAGUAGGAAAUUCUACUACGUUGCCGUUAAUCGCGGAAUAAUGUUCGAAAUCAAAUAUGCACCAGCGAUUGUCGAUUCAUCCGAUCGCAAGGAUCUUAUCAAUCGCGCUAAUCGAUAUCACUCGUAUGGGAAAUCGAAGAAUGUCAUUAUCAGCAGUGAAGCACGAAACCGUUUCCAGGUUCGCGGCCCUUAUGACAUUGCUAAUUUGGGUCUCAUAUUCGGAUUAAGUGAGGAACAAUCGAAGAAUGCUAUAUUGGCCUUACCACGUAAGAUACUUAUUGCUGCCGAGACUCGGCGAUACGGCAAAGCAGGUGUAGUAGUUGGCUAUCGACAAAAUGCUGUGGAUAGCGAUGACUACUCGGACACUGAGCUCAACGAAACCAUUUCGGAUAGUGAUACAGAAGAAGAUGAAAUCUCCCAUAGUGACGUAGAAAUGGCUGAACCACCUGUAAAAUUUGCCAAAUACGAUGAAUAAAACGGUUUAUUCUUUAA